CACCCCAAGCCAGUUCGCAUCCUCGGUGGAAAUUAUGCCGAGUAGUUCGUCGCUCAGAUGCGCGUCAGUCGUCAUGACGGCGCUCUCUCCAGCCCCGAUUCAAGAUGCAGCGCCCAUUGCUUCUCUCGACUAUGGCGCCUUCCGAGGCGCUUACUCCCCAACAUACAACCUGACCUACUUCCGCAAAAUCCCCUUCGCGGCUUCGACAGCGGCACGCAACCGCUUCCGGGCCCCGCAACCGCCGGCGCGAAUCAAUGCAACACCCUACGACACCGACCAGCCCUUCGACAUGUGCCCCCAGCGCACGGUCAACGGUUCCGAAGACUGUCUCUACCUCGGCGUGUACUCACGACCCUGGGCGUCCCCCCACCCGCUCCGCCCCGUCCUGCUCACCUUCUACGGCGGCGGGUUUAUCCAGGGAAGCGCCUCCUUUUCCAUUCCGCCGCCCGGGUUCCCGGUCCUGAAUGCCAGCGACGCGAAUGACUACGUCGUCGUGUACUCCAACUACCGCACGAAUGUCUUCGGCUUCCUGGCCGGCACGAAGAUCCAAGAGCACCCGGACGCCGAUCUGAACACGGGACUGCUGGACCAGCGCGCCGCACUGGAGUGGAUACAGAACUACAUCCAUGCUUUCGGUGGCGAUAGAACUAAUGUGACGAUCUGGGGCCAGUCUGCCGGUGGCGGGAGCGUGGUCGCGCAGACCAUUGCGCAGGGGAACAAGGGCGAGAAACUGUUCCGCAAGGCAAUGGAUAGCUCGCCUUUCUGGGCAAAGACGUACCGCUACGACGACCCUGAGAACGAGGCGCUGUUCGAGCAGGUUGUGCAGGCGGUAGGCUGCCAGGGGGAGAUGGAUGAGGUGGCGUGCUUGAAGAGCGUGGAUGUGCAGAGUCUGCGGGAUGUCAGUUUGAACUUGAGCACGAGCCAUCAGUACACGACGAGUAGCUAUACCUGGGGCCCUGUUAUCGACGACAGCUUCCUGUCGAAGCCGCUGUCUGAGGUUGUGAGCAGGGAGGAGUUGAACGCCGAGAUGGUGCUGUCGAGCUACAACCUGCAUGAGGGGGAGAACUUCAUCCCGCCGGGUCUGCAGAGCGCGACGGGCUCUGGCGGGUUUAAUUCCUCGGCCGCGAGUUUCGACGCGUGGUUGCGAGGUUUCCUGCCCAAGCUGAGCGAGGAUGAGUUAGAGGAGGUUAAGAAGCAGUAUCCAGAGACUGGGACUGCCGAGGAGAUCGCCUAUAACACGACGUACACACGCGCCGGCUUACUCUACCGCGAUCUCGUCCUCGCAUGCCCCGCGUAUUGGCUCGCCAAUAAAGCCCAGCAUGGAUAUCUCGUCGAGUAUACCAUCUCGCCCGCAAAGCACGCCUCAGACAUUAUAUACUGGAACACCAUCAACCCAGUCCAAAAGUCGGAUCCCUUGACGUAUGAGGGAUAUACAGGCGCGAUAGCAAGUUUCGUGCAGACGGGCAAUCCGAAUGCGCAUAAGAUUACGAAUAACAGCGUUGUGGGUGUACCGAGUGUGAGGGAUGGGAGGGAGUUCGUGGUUAGGAAUGGUGGACUGGGCAAUGAGGGGAUAGGGAUGCUGGAGAGGAGGUGUGGGUUUUGGUUGGGAGUUGCGGGGAGGGUGGAUAUAUAG